ACUAGUGGAAUUUCUUUUGAGAUUUUCAGCGCUAAUUUUCCGCCAUAGUUUUUGCCAUAUUCUGAUACUUCAUCUUCUUCCAUGGAAUUUCUUCCCCCCGGAAAGAAACACAGCAGCAACAACAAGACUCAUUCCAAAAUAAUCCUGCCGCUGUCCCUGACCGUCGUCUUCCUCACCGCCUUCCCCCUCUACUACACCUUCAGUAGAGCCCCGAGCGUCGACGAACUCGAUCUAUACCCUCCCUCCCACGACGGCCGAAUCGGGCCAGAUCUGGGCAGAAACAUCAAGGCCGCGGCCGAGAUCGUCGACAGAUGCGAUAUUUCCACCGGCGAUUGGGUUCCCGACCCGGGCGCCGCCCCCUUUUACAGCAACGAGACUUGCUGGGGGAUUCAGGAGCACCAGAAUUGCAUGAAGUUCGGGCGGCCCGACGAUGGCUACUUGAGGUGGCGGUGGAAGCCGGACGGCUGCGACCUGCCCGUUUUUGACCCGGUCGAGUUCCUGGAACUCGUCAGGGGCAAGGCUUUGGCCUUUGUGGGCGAUUCAAUCGCCAGAAAUCAUAUGCAAUCACUGGUCUGCCUCUUGUCAAGGGUUACAUAUCCUCUGGAUGUUUCAAACACAAACGACGACAACCGGAAACGCUUUGUGUACAGAGACUACGACUUCAACAUCACAAUGUUCUGGUCCCCCUAUUUGGUCAAGACAGGGGUAACAUUUUCGGAAAUCAACGAAAACCCCUUCAACCUUUACCUGGACGAAUUCGACGAAUCUUGGACUACAAAAAUUAAAGAUUUCGACUAUGUGAUAAUCAAUGCCGGCCACUGGUUCUUCAGGCCAACCAGUUUUUUCCUAGAGGGAAAGCCCGUGGGCUGCCUUUACUGCUCAGAUCCCAACGUCACCCACUUGACUAGUGCUUUUAGCUACCGGCGGGCUCUAAAGACUGCAUUUCGGGCAAUCAAUAGCCCGCAAAACAAUUUCAAGGGCGUCGCGUUCCUAAGGACCUUUGCACCGCAGCACUUUGAAAAUGGGCCUUGGGAUAAGGGUGGAGAAUGCGCGAGGACUGAGCCGUUUAAGAGGAACGACACGGCGGCUCUUGCUGAGUUCAAGUUUGAUUCUUAUGAUAUUCAGAGGGAGGAGUUUGGGUUUGCCGAAGAGGAAGGGAGACGAAAUGGGGUGAGGUUAAGAUGGUUUGAUGUAACUCAGGCGAUGCUGUUGAGACCGGACGGGCAUCCUAACAAGUACGGGCACUGGCAAAACCCCAACAGGACGUACUACAACGACUGCGUGCAUUGGUGUUUGCCGGGGCCCAUUGAUACGUGGGGCGAUUUCUUCAUGGAGUUGCUGAAGAGGGAGAUCCAAGGUAGAACUUCAAGGUGACUUUUGUGCUUCUUCUGUUUUGAUCUCUUUCUUUGGUUGUGCAUAUAUAGUGAUAUUGCUUUUAUUGGACUGCACUUUUUUCAUUGUGAGUUUGUGAUCCAAUCAUCUGCUACACCCUAUUCGUUUGUGUUCGGUUCUAAGGGGAGAAGACGGGAGGAGAAGAUGGAAGAAUUUUUACCUCUUUGUCUCAUUGUAUUUUUUCACUCUAUUUUUUAAGUCCUUUUUAUCAAACUUUAGGCUAAACUCCACUAUGCACACAAUUGAUCUUUCAAGUUUUAAAAAUUCAUAAAUAGUCUUUCAACUU